AUGUUGUCCGAUUCUUCCUCUGAUUCUUCCGAUCGUUCGUUCAAAUUUCCAUUUGACACGAACGAUGCUCUUUCGAUUCAUGAGUUGGCAGUGAAAAAUCUGCCACAGCCAGAUGCAGAAAAUCCGUUUAGUGUUGCCAUGCAUUCACCUCCAGGAUCGCCUCCAUUCGCAGUAGACAGAAAGUCAGUUGACAAUUCAGUUGUCGCUGUCACAGAUACUCCGUUCGAGUUUGCUCCAAGUCAGAAGUCUUCACAGCAUACGAAUCGACCUCCGCCGAUUCUGAAAUCCAAAGAAGAAAAGAUGACAGGCAAUUUAGUGGAGAAACUUAAGCCCAAGUUCGUUGUAGAAAAUGAGUUGAUUCGGGCUUUCAUUGCAGAACUUUUUUGCACAGCGUUCCUCGUGUUCGGUGGAGAAUGCGUGAAUGCCCAAUACGUUCUUUCACAAGGAAAGAAUAACGAGUGGAUCGGAGUUUCAGUUGGUUGGGGCAUUGCUCUGAUGUUGGCUGUUCUAAUGGGAUCCAAAAUAUCCGGUGCUCAUCUCAACCCAGCUGUCUCGUUUUUUCAAUUAACACAAGGAAAAAUGAAUGUGAUUCGAUUUCUGGUAUAUGUAGUAGCUCAGAAUAUUGGAGCAUUUAUUGGAGCGUUUGGAGUAUUUUGUGUCUAUUUCGAUGCUAUAAAUGCAUUCGAAGGAGGAAAUCGUACAGUAACCGGCCACACUGCGACUGCUUCCAUAUUCGCCACGUAUCCUGGUCCUUUCCUCGGAACUUUCAAUGCAAUCGUAGAUCAAAUCGCUGGAACACUGGUGCUCUGUUUGGGAGUAGCUGCAAUUACAGACAGUAGAAAUGAAAUUCCAUCAUUCCUUCAACCUGCCUGGAUUGCCGGAUUAUUAUCUUUCCUUGGAAUGUCAAUGGCUUUGAAUGCAGGAUAUGCAAUCAAUCCGGCAAGAGAUUUUGCCCCUCGUCUAUUUUCCCUCUGUGUUGGAUACGGAUGGGAAGUUUUCAGCUACAGAAACUACAAAUGGUUCUGGAUUCCUAUCAUCUGUCCAAUGAUUGGAGGAGUUCUAGGAGCAUGGAUUUAUGAGUUCUUCAUUGGAUACCAUAUUCCCGAUGAAACACUUUUGGAGGCUGAAAAGGAGAAGCAACUCCAAGAUGUUCUUGAUGAGGUGGCGGAUAUUGAAAACCAACUACCAGAGUAUACAGACAAAAAACAGCUCUCCGACAUUGCAUCAAUUCAUCAGGAAACAGGAUUCCGAGACAUUUAG